AUGUCAGUUUAUCAGAAACGUUCAGAAAAGGAUAAGAUGAAUAAUAACACAAACUCUUUAGACCCUCACCAUUCUAUAUAUGACUUACUGGAGAGAAGUCAUAAUAUUUUACCUAUUUCAUCAGGUGAGUGUCAAAAUGAAAAUAAAACGCAACGUUCCAUCAAUGAUCCGAAUAAUAUAUCUGGAGAAACUUCUGCCAAAACUAUAACAGAGAGACCAUUGACACUCGAAGAGGCAAUACAGGAAGACAAUCAACUAGAUAAGCAAGAACUUCCAGAAUCAUGGUUCGCCAUCCAAAAGAAUGAUAUAACAAAUUCAUGUCAAGUGGAAAGGUGUACAUCACAAACAAAUACAGUCGGAAUUUUAUCUUCCAGUGACACUUCAGAAGAAGAAUUAGAUCCUCAAAAUUCUCCUUCUCCUAACAAGUUUUCGAUCUUGAAGAAUGAGAAAGACAAUCAAUCUCCAACUAGAAACACUACUUUACUCAAAUGUAUUAGCUCAAAUAGACUAAAUGUUAGCCAGUUGGAAUCAUCCCAAAAUAAUCAAUUUGAUUUUCAUCAAGUAUCGGCAAAAUCAAAAUUACCAUCUAUCGGAUUUAAUCAAUUUAAUGAAGAAGAUAGUGUCACUCUAACAAAAAGUGUAUCAUCUUCAUCUGGUUCCUUUGUUAUGCCAAAACUUUCUAUCUCUAGAAAAGGUGAAUGUUCUAAGAAUACUGAAAGGAAAAACUUUAAAAUCCUUAUUCUGGGAAGGAUUGGUUUACAAUUUUAUAAAUCUAUACCUGCAACCUAUGAACACAUUUUUUAUUUGCCAAGAAGUUAUGAUAGUAAUGAAUAUAUUGAAUACAACGGAAUACUAAUAGUUAUAGAAGAAGCAAGUGAACUAAUGAGCAUGUUGAACAAAGUUUCCCAAAAAGUUAAAAAUAAUAUUCCCAUUGCCACUAUUACUUUAGAUAGUGAUAAUCUUCUUCAGAUCAAAAAUAUAAUAAACUCAUAUCUAAGAAGAAGUCUGAUCAAUGUUAUGUACACACCUAUAGUGUUCUCAAAUGACAAAGACGUAAACAAAUUACUUCUGUUUUUAACAGGUCUUGAACAAAAAUUUAUCAAAGAGCAAACUACAACACAGAGAGAAAGAAAAGUAUCAAGCUCAGUAUAUGUUUAUACUUCACAAUCUUCUUCUGAUUAUUCUGAUUCUUCAGAAUCAAGGGACUCUACAACUAAUAAGAGAUUAAAAAAACUACAGUAUCAAAAUGGUAAUAAGAUAAAUGAAUACAUUUUAUCGCAUCAAGAAAAGAAAGAUAGAAGAAAGAGGAAACAAAGCAAAAGUACGAAUCAUAAAUAUAAGUCCGUUACGGAAAAUAAAUGGUUUAUAUGGGGUGUCUCUUUAUCGGUAGGGGUCGGUGUUGGGUAUUGUUUAUCAUAUUUUAAUGUACUAAGAUGGAUCGUAUGUACUACAAGUACUUACAUACAUCCCAAUAACAAAGAUAUCAAAACAAUCGCUGACGUUACUUCACAUUCAUCAUCAUCGAUUUUGAAAAGGUUAUUAAAAUUCUUGGAUAAAGAAUUAGAUCCAGACAGCCAUGGAAUAUAUACAAAAUCAUUCAAAGUUGUAAAACAUGGUUUGCAUUUUGUGGAAAAUGUUGGCUCAGUUUUAAAAGAAAAUUUCAAUAAAGGUUUAACAUUUUUUGAAGAAAUGUACGGCGUGAUCUCAAAGGACAGAAAAUUGUCUGUUGGUUACAACCAGGAAAACAACCAGAGUAAAUUAUUCGCAUUAGGAUAUGUUCUUCUUUAA